AUGGUAGCAACUACGUUAUCCCUGGAGCCCGUCUCCUUUUCUUCAUCUGUGAACAACGAUAUAGCCUUCUCCUUCCGUGUAGCCUCGGAGUUGCCACCGCGAGAGAAGCCGCUCGAUGUUGCCACUUCCUUGCAGUUCGAGUUCAUGAAUAGCGAGCACGAAGUGUUCGCCGAACGACUUACGGCGCGGGAUGUUGUGAUCAAUGAGGACGGACUCCGUCACGUACAACUUUCUGGUGCACAUGUGCCCAGAUUUCAGAACUCUGUCAACGACACAACAGUGAUUCUUCACGCUUGGAAAGGCCAGAAAUGGUUAGGGAAGUGGGAGCUUGGUACCCUGUGA